GCUCCAGGCUGUGCAGGUCCACCUGUGUUGUGUUGCACUGGUCAAAACAACAUCUGUUCCAGGAAGUGUUUCUGUGAUGAGGCCUGUGUAGCAAUGAAAGACUGCUGUCCUGACUACAUCUCUACCUGCACACAAUGUAAGCAACAUUGAUUGAACACAAACAGAGAGAGGGUAUUACUUUAGUUUGUUUGAAAAAUCGGAUAGGUUCAACUUCAAGGUGAAAAUCGUUCUUUUUUUACAACAGCUUUUACAACAACGCUGACAAGCCAACCCAGUACAAGAAGCAGGAAUAUCACAUCUUCACUGGAAAAUAAUGCCACAACUUCAACAUCCCCAAACUCCUCUACUAUGGCACCCAGCACGACAUCUGACGUACAGAAUGUUAGCGCAACCUCAGCAUCCAUAGUGUCUUCAACUUCAGAAAUCAACCAAACAAGCAGCAGUACAUCUACAUUAUCCGUCUCUACAACACCCAGCACAUCAGGCAGAACUGCUAACUCUACGCAAGAGGAAAUGAGUUCAACUUCAGCAUCCACAGUCUCUGAAACAACCAGCCAAACAAGCAGAAAUAUAACAUCUCCAGUAAUGAACAUGACAAAAGCUUCUACGUCCAUGAUCUCUGCUGCUACCAAAAUUAACCAAACAAGCAGCGCUACAUCUACAUCAACCGUCGCUACAACACCCAGCACAUCUUUUACAGCAAAUAGCAGCACAACUUCAUCAGUCUCUGGAACAACAGCACCCAGAACAACAAGCAGCAAUACUACCUCUGUGCUAGAAGGUGACAAAACCAAUUCAGCAUCCACAGUUUCUGAUUCCACACCAACACCUACCACAAUAAGUAGUACUGCAAUAUCUGAACCUGCGCCUACAGUAUCUUCUACUACACUAACCAGUCAAACAAGCAGAAGUUCAUCCCCGCCAGCAGAUACUAGCACAACAUCAGUCUUCACAGUCUCUCCAACAACAACAGCACCAAGUACAACAGUCAGCAUGACUGUACCAGAUGUAAGCACCACUUCUCAAUCCACGGUGAAAGCUACUACAGCAAGCAGCCAAAUCAGUGUAUUUAGAAGUAGUAGUGUUGGAUCUACACCACCAGAUGGCCCUAAAACUACAGCGUUCACAGUCUUCACUGCUACAGCAGCGACAACACUGACGGAGACAAGCACAACUGUCGAAACUAGCAGUGUCACACCUUUACCAGAAGAUGGAAGCAAACCGGACGUUUCAACCAGCUCAAAUAAAGAUUCCCAGGUAGUGACUGUCCAUCUCAAGGUUUCUGUUCAGUCUGAUAAGGAUGUUCAAGAGGAAGCCGUUUUAGAGGCUUUAUCUAAUUUUGUAUACCAGGUCCUUCUCCAGGAAAACUGCGUGGGCUGCACUACAUCUAGAAAACACAUCAACCCUACCUGAGAGAGGACUCUGCCAAAUGGAUCCAGUGCAGGCCAUACUGGUGUAGAUGGCAAACAGUGUGGGAUCUCCACCAGUAGAUGGCAGCAACACCACAGAAUCAACCAUCUGCUAUUACGGUGUAACAUUUUUGAAACAAUACUUUAGCAUCCUACAUGUUGCAUGUUGUGAUCUUCUGUGAUGAUGAUCAUUCAAAAAUGAAAUUUGCUCCAAAAAACGUGUCCCACAUUUUCUGUCAGACUCAUUGUGGUUCAAUCAGUCAGUCAACAAUAAUCCUAAACAGUUACAUUGAGCCACACCUCUGCACGCUCCUUUACCAUACAGCCUGUGCCUAGAAACCGGGCUCUAUGGCCACAAUCAGGACAGCUAAGAGAGGAGUCUGAACAGUUGGUGUAGAAUAAAGAUUAUUCUACACAAAAAUAAAGUAUUUUUUUUUUUUUUUUACAUCCUUUUCUGCUCAGAUGUAUGACUAAGCGGUAUGAAUUGCCACCUGGGGACAAAUAAAGUUUUCUUGAAUUGAAUUGAAUUCACCUAAACCUUGUCGUUGGAACCUCAACCUUGGGAGAAAGGUUUUAUCUAGUAAAAGUAGGCUACAUGGAAAACAACCGUAAUAAAGGGAACUCCUACACAGGCUUUUUUGAUAUAUUUCUUUAUGUGGUUUCUCUGUUUUCACUGCCUGUAAACCAGGCUCACAGUCUUCUCAUA